AUGAAGCUAUAUGCGCAAGUUGUGCGAGCAGAUAGCUCUGUGUACAUUGUCGAUACACCACGCAAGUUACUAGAGCGAGUAACGACGUGUGCUUUAUGCACUGGCUCGUGUCUGGAUCCGUAUGGUGCGAUUAAAGAGUGUUACGACGUCCCCGAGAGGCGCGGGAAUCGAUUCCUAACGCGGAGACUGUUUUGCGAAGAAGGAAUAGGAGACAUAAGAGAGGUAUUGCGCAAGGCGAUCGUCAAGUUCCGCUACUCC